AUGAGUGAAAAUACGCGUGAGGUGCCUCUCCAGGCUGUGGUCUUCGCUGACUCGUUUACAGAGACGUUUCGCCCCAUUACACUUGAGCUGCCUAAGGUUCUUCUACCUCUUGCUAACGUUCCAAUGCUCGAAUAUUCGCUUGAAUUUCUAGCCGCUUCGGGAGUCCAAGAAGUUUUACUCUUUUGCACAUCUCAUACUGAGAUUAUUGAAGACUUUAUUAAGAAUGAAUCUCAAGUGUCCAGACGUGUUAAUGUCAAGUGUAUUAGUAGUCCAAGUUGUCUUACAGCAGGUGAUGCAUUGCGUGAAUUAGAUCGUCAGCAAUUAGUACAAAGUGAUCCGUUCAUUUUAAUGAGUGGUGAUGUCGUGGCCAAUGUUGAUCUUCAAUCUGUGAUUCGAGAACACAAACAACGCAAGAAAAUGGAUUCCAACUCUAUUAUGACAAGUAUAUUCAAAGAAUUACGUCCGAGUUGUACCACAAGUGUUCGACCUUUAGACACAGAACUUAUCGUUGGGAUUGACGCUGUCACAUCUCAACUUGUGCUAUACGAAGAUGAACCGGAACACCGUAGCCAACGACUUGCUACACUUUUUUUCGAAGAUCAUGCACAAAUUGCAGUACAUAGUGAUUUUCUCGAUUGUUACUUAGAUAUUUGUUCAUCGGAAGUUUUACUCAAGUUUGCUGAAGAUUUUGAUUAUCAAGAUCUUCGUCGCGAUUUCUUGCAUAAUGAAGUUCAAAAUUACGAAUUGGGAAAGAAAUUUUUUGCGAAAGUUGUGACACAAGAAUUUGCUGCACGAGUGAUGGAUCCACGAACAUAUGCUGGUGUCUCACGUGCAAUUUUACAACGUUGGGUAUUUCCUAUGGUACCUGAUGCGAAUUAUCUUGGUACUAGUGCUACAACGCAGUAUGUGUAUUUACGUGGAAUGCGAUAUAAGGAUACAAAUGUGACAUUAGCAAGGACAUGUGAUAUACAGCAAGAAUGUAUAAUAGGAACAUGCACGACGAUUGGAGAAUAUUCACGUGUACAUAAGAGUGUGAUUGGUCAAAAAUGCGUGAUCGGACAGAAUGUAGUGAUCGAUGGUAGUUUUUUAUGGUCGAAUGUCGUUGUAGAAGAUGGCGCUGUUAUCACAAAUGCGAUCUUAUGUGAUAAUGUCAUUAUUAAGCGUGGUGCUGUCAUAAGUGAAGGUUGUAUCCUUUCGUUUGGUGUUGUGAUUGGAGAAAACUUUACUUUGGCACCAUUUACAAAAGUGACAAAAAAAAUUGCUAUGAUUGAUUCAAAUGAUUUUUUUUCAGAUGACGAUGAAGAGACAGUUGUGAACAAGAAACAAGUUUUAGAUACAACACAAAUGCAAUGGAAUGUUAACGAGGUUGGAAUUGGUGGCAGUGGGCGUGUCUGGACUUUAGAAGACGAUGAGAUUGAUGUGGAAUUUGAUAGUGAAGAUGAGAGUGAUGAAGAGGUUGUUAAAGCCAAGAAAAGGAUCCUUCGCUUUGAAAAGCUUCAAAGUCAUCUCAUUGGAGCUCAAGAUGUUAUUAUUCGUGAAAACGUGUGUACGGGAGAAGCUGCUGGGCAUAAUGUCGAUGAUUUGUUUAUGGAGAUCAAAAGCUUUAAAUUUGCGCAGAAUCGAUCCUUUGCUGAAGUGAUUGGAGCGAUUAUACCAGGAUUGCUGGAUCUUGUACCCACAGGGAUCGGACAGUCGGCUUUGACAAGUCUAGCGAGCGUGCGAACAAAGUUUCAAAGAUGGAAUACAGUCAUUCAACGAUGUUUAGUGGAAGAAACCGACCAGCUCGCGAUUGUGGAAGCAUUAGAGAGAUAUUGUACCGAACCAAAAGACCGUCGAGAGGUGUGGCUUCCACUUUUUCGGUUCUUAUUACAGAUUGUGUACGAUCUUGAGUGGGUGAGUGACGACGUGAUUCUUCAAUGGUACAAAACAAAACAAACAUUUUCAAAUAAUGAAAAUUGUCACGAUGCUUUAGCAGCUGCAUCCAAAAAGGAUGUACAAGAAUUUAUUGAUUGGCUUCAAGAAUCUGAUAAUGAAGACAGUGAUGAUGAGAAUUCGAACGAAGAGUGA